GAAAAAGCCACCGCCGCACUUUCGAAUCUGGGCGCGCGGAGCUGGGAGGGAGGAGGAGUUGGAGGGGGGGAGGAGGAGUCACGCGCAGGUCCACAGCCCUGGCACGCUCCGCUCUGUUUAACAGCCCCCCCUCCCUCCUCCUGCCGCUGCCUCCUCCUUCCCCCCCCCACCCUCGGGCGCUUCCCUUCCCCUUCGCCGCUGUUCCUUCCCGGCUCUACCCGACAGCGUGUGCCUCCUACGUGCGUUCCACUUGGUACGGCCCACCUGGAAGAUCAUGGCGAUUGAUGGUAAGUAGGCCAAUAACGGGCUCCUCUCCUCUCGAAUAACCCCCCCCUCUUCCCCCUACCUGGGCAGCGGGCGCGGGGAGCGAGGGGGAGGGGCGAGCAACGGCGCUGUGGUGCCGGUGGGUGGUGGUCGGGGGGGGGGGGGGGAGGCGCGCGCGGGCUGCUUGCCCCUGAGGAGAGGCGGCGGAAUAAACAAACGCAUAAAUUAAAAGAAUGAGAAUUUUAAAAAACAAAACCCAAACCAGGGUGGCGGGCGUGGGGGGAUGAUGAUGAGUGGUCUUUUCCCAAAGUGAGCGGCGGGGGUGAAGGGGCGCUCGGGGCGGCUCUUCCCCUGCCCUGUGGUGCCAGGCGCUGCCUCAGGUCGACCCGCGGCAGCGGCGGCCGUUUGUUCCCCGUGGAGUCGAGGCAUUUUUUGUGGGCGCCGAAGACGAGAGGCAGCCGCCUCCGCAAACCCACGCCGAUAUAAUGGUGGGGGUCCUGUAUAGUCUGUUUACAUGGUGUAGGUGGCUGACUCUUCGCUGACGUGUAAAAAUUGUCCCCCUCAGGAAUAGUAGUUGCCACACCGUUAUUGACCCGUUUUACUUAGAAGUUCUGUCUGCUUUAGCCCCCCCCCCGCCCUGUGCCACAGGCAGCAGCAGCUCCUGGAAGGCGAAAAGGUGCCUCAAGAAGAAGUGGGGCGGAAGAAACCCGCUUUCUUUUUCUCACUUCGCCAAACGCCUUCUGGCAAGCCUUUAAUAAGUGCCUGAAAGAAAUAAAACCAGCCUCGCAAAGGCUGCCGUCACGCAGCUGGGUUUCCGGGGGGCUGCAAACAAGCAGGGUUCAACGUCCCACCCUUUCCCGCCGCCUGACCCAUCUCCUAGAGAUGCUGCCCUCAACCCUGGAUACAGCUGGUUGCGUGGAGUGUUUCCAAGUCUGUUGCGCUUUCUGCAUCAUUUGAAUAAGAGGAGGAGGUAAAUAUAUAUAUAUAUAUAUACAUAUACAUAUACAUAUACAUAUACAUAUACAUACAUAUACAUAUGAUGCAGAAAGAGCAACAGACUUGGGUAGACUUCAGGCGGACUUUUUAAUCAGCUGCUUCACAACUAAAAGUCUGCAAACAAAAAAGAGAGAGGGAGAGAGGAGCUUCUCUUUCCCCACUUCCCAAGGAAGGCAGUCAUUGGUCUUUCUGAACUCCAUUCUUUUCAAAUAUACAUUUUAAAUUUUGUAGAGUGUGGGAGUAUUCAGUGCAUUUGGUUGACACUGCAGGAAGUUGGGGGGGGGAAUUCAUUGCCGCUGAUGAGAUGGAAAAUGUUCUUAUUAAUAUCAUGUUCAAUUCUUAGAGAUAGGUACAGAUUUAACACUGCUAAUGUCCGUUUACUUGUACUCUGUACAUAAAACUAAAGUUUGUCUGAAAAUCUUGUCUUCUUUUCCCGUUUUCCUUACUUCUAUUCUUUGAGAAUAGUUGGUUUCAUGCAUUUGACAUGCACAUUUAUCUAGUUUGUGUAUUGGCAGUCUGAUCCAAUGCAUGCUUCCUUGAAAAUAAGUCACAGUUGCUUCAGCAAGUUUUGUUGUUGUUGUUUAGUAGUUUAGUCGUGUCCGACUCUUCGUGACCCCAUGGACCAGAGCACGCCAGGCACUCCUGUCUUUCACUGCCUCCCGCAGUUUGGCCAAACUCAUGCUGGUAGCUUCAAGAACACUGUCAUUAUGCAUAGGAUCUUAGUCUGAAUCAGUCCUUUCCCAUGUAAGGUAUAUAAAUGCAGACAAUUAUGGCAGUAAAAUAAUCCAUAUGUCAUCAUUUAUGGCAAGAUUUGUUCCCUUUAAGCUUUAAGCAUUGCAAGUGGGCAUAGAAGGUGUGAUUAUGUUCUUGGAAGUGCACAUUGGGAAACAAUAUUUCACAGUUACUCAGUUGAAUUACAUACUAAGGUGGAAUCUACACAAAUAUAAAAAAGCUGUGAAAAUGCUGUUUUAAAAAACGUUUUGAAAAAUACAUUGAAUUUUGCAUAGCUCAGUGUCGUCAUCUAGUAUUACAUUUGUAUAUUGUACCUUACACUUCAUUUAAAACAUGUUAUUUGCAUCUGAAUGGACAGAGUAAUUUUCUACCUAGCCAACUAGCUUGUGUCUGUUUUAUAAUCUUGAAAAGUGUGUAACAACACAUGACAUUAAUAGAGUAGUGCAGUCUUUGUUGAUCAUUUCCAACUAUGCUGUCUGGUGUUUUGGCCUGUCUUAGAAGACAGUUAUUUGUCUUGAUCAAAUUAAUUAGUAGUCAUUGCCAUCUUUAUUAUCCUUGUUUGUUUAUCUUGUAGACAUUGAUUUUCUUUUUUUAAGAAAAAAUGAGGGAGAUUAUCAUGCAAAUAUCUGAAUAUGUCUUAUAUCUGAAACUGUUUUAAUUAUUUUUCCAGUUCACCACAUUUAAUAACAAGAGAACACAUAUAUUAUCUGUUAAAUUUAUAUCCUGCAUCUUCUUCCAGAGGUGCCUAACACUUAAUAUUAUUGGGUGUUUUGUUGUUGCUUUUUAUUGAUAUACAUCUUGCCUUCAUAAAAGUGCACUUUUCAGAGCCAGUUACUAAAGAUAGGAUAUUUGUUAAAACUCCUAAAUGGAAAAUGCAUUCUUAAAGUGUAAUGGUAGUGAAUGGUUCUAGAUGUUAAUUUUGUUACGUAGAAUACAAGAGAAAUAUCAGUGAUGGGCCCUUCUGAGUCCCUGAGCCCAACCAUUCUAUGCCUGAACUGAGACUUAAGAGUUCCUCUUGGCACUUUUUCUCCUGUUUUCAUGGUACAGUAGCCUCUGCAGGUGGAGCAGUGGUUGUUACUAUGGUCCGUCAAUUCAAAACAUGGAUUGCGAUUCUGCUUUACAAAAUAUGGUUCAUCAUUUUGGACAUCAUGUCAAACUAUAGUUAAGCUUUUUAAAGUGUUGUUUGCCAGAUGAUGCUGGGAUACAUUCCUAACACGGGAUGGUAACUCCUUCAUUGUGGAAUAGGCAGGGUCCUUGUAAGUCUUCUGCCUCUCCCUUGUAGGGAGGAGCCAUCCUGCCCUCCAGACCAGAGCUUUGAUUAGGUUGGGUCUGGCCUAAGCUCUGAAGAGUUCUGUCAGAAAUACUUUCAAGUUGCUAUGGGUGUUUCGGGGUUUGUCUUUCCUUUCACCUUCUGUUGCUUCUAAAUCUUUUUCUCUGGUGUUCUGUCUCCAUGUUGCUUUCUGUUUUAUUGUCACUAUUUGCUGGUUGAAAUCUCAUUUUUUCUUGUUUUUCACUUCAUCCCCCCCCCCCCCUAUCUUUGGAGGGCGAGUUACACAUAGUUUUCAUUGAGGGAUAUGUUUUGUUAGCCCUGGGGUUGCUGUUACCUGCCAAGCAAUUGCUGUGAUGUGAGUGCCUUCAGGCACAGAGCUUUUGCAGGUCUUCCUUCCAAAGUUAUUGGAAAGGCAUUUUGUUUGUGGCUCUUGUGCUAUCUCCCUUACAAUCCAAAAGGAUGCAGUUGGUCCAGUGAGAGCAAGUCCCACACCCUCUAUAACCCAGCACAAUUGCCUGGGUCAAUACUGCUUUUAGCAGCAUAAUAUUGCUACUUAACCUUGGUGUGGUUUUGUAAUUAUGCUUGUCAUAAUCCAGAGCAAUAAAAAAAAAGGUCCUUGGUGCAAAUUUGAUUGAAUAGUAGUGGAAAUAGUGAGAUACUGUAAAUAUAACUACCCCAGUCUCUGAAAUUCAGAAAUUCAGAAGUAUAUGCUGUAGGUUCGUUCACCAUACAUGGAUGAAGGGAUUUACUUUACAUACAGUGAAAAAACUUUCUUACACAAUUUCUUGAAAUAUUGUUGAAUCUCUGGCUGCUAAAGACUUAAUGAAUAAACCUGACUGGUGGGACUGAGGAUCACAUUUUGUAGUAAUUAUAUAGUAUAAUAUUGUUGCAUGCCACCCCAGUCUCCAAGCUGUGCAAUAUUCCAGGGGUUCUGGGCACUUUCCCAGGGUUUAUGUUUCCUUUUGGAAAUGAGGCACAGUGGAGACUGUGGUGUCUUUAUGAUAUAUGGUUCAUUUACACAUACAGCGGUACCUUGGUUUGCAUACGUUUUGGAUUACAAACAUGUCAAAUCCGUAAGUGCGUGUCCCAGUUUGCAACCUUUUUUUUGGAUUACAACCCAUCUUUUUGGAUUACGAACAAAUUUUGGAGGCCCCAUUGGCGAAAGCACGCCUUGGGUUACAACCUGUUUUGGUUUACAAACGGACCUCUGGCACAGAUUAUGGUUGUAAACCAAGGUACCACUGUAUAUACAACCCGAGCCUACAAUGUAGGGGUUCCCAGCAUUAAUACCCCAAAAGGAUCUUGUUUCUCCCAUAGCCGCAGCCUUAGAUUCAAAUAGAAAUCAAACAUUGCUCUCAAAUGUAUCUCUGCCUAUCUCUCCAGCUUGCUGCUUUAUUUCUAGAUCACAUCACUGCCCUCUCAACUCUCUUCCAAACUCUGGCUUGUCUCUUGAGUGAGCCCCCCCCCCCAUUUGCUAUCUCACACCAAGCUCCUUAAUCACCUCAUCAGACAUCUAACUUGGCUUGGUUAGUUUUUAACACUUGGUGGAUCCAGGGAUUAGAAGGUUCUGGCACAUAUCUCAACACCACAAACUCCUAGCAAUAUAGUCUUGCACAGGUAUUACAGGUAUCCACAAAUCUGCUUGCCAGGGACGAGUACACACAGCAGCCCAAAGGCUCGUUUUCCAUUGCAAUUUUUAAACAGGUAAGAAAUAGCAGCAGUCCCUUCCCAUCAGCAUAAGAAAGACUGCUGCUGUUUCUUAUCUUACCCAUAUGCUGCCAAAAUGUGAGAUGACCCUGCAUCUCAAGAAAUGGGAAGUGACUGGUGACAGGCACUAGUAAGCCUGGCUAGUAAGCCAAGCCAACAUUUUUGGACACUUAAGUAUUGUAAAUGUACAGAUGGCUUUUGAUUGGGUUACUUGCUCUGGGGAACAACUCAUUUUCAUUAGCUUGAAAUUUCAUUCUGUCCAGUAAAGUACUCUGUAUAACUUCAAAGCUUACAUACUUAAGUACCAAGGUAAAUUGCUCCAAUAUGAGUUAUAAUUAUAAUUUGGAUAUUUUGAAUCUACUGUUGUCUAUAGAGGAUAGAAUAAGAAACUAAUAACCCCCAUUUGAUACUGUAAGUAAGUUUGAAGGUCUUUCAAAUAAUUAAAAAUACCAUUGGAUGAUUAUUAAGCCGGCCUAAGAUAAGUUUAUGAAUACUGAAAUAUAUUGUAUCGUUUCCCCACUUAACUCUCUUUCUAUGGACAGGUGGUGAAAGACCCUGUGGCGUACAUGAACUAAUUUGCAUUAGAAAAGGUAAGCAACUUCUUUGAAUACUUUUAAUUAUGUAAACAUUUUUUUAAAUAGGGGAACAGCCUAGAAGAGUUAAGGAAAGAGCAAUCCAGACCUUUAUGUUCAGCUCUCCUCAGCUCAGCUGGUCUCCCACUGGCUGCUGAAUGUCCCCACCAGUGGGGGCAGCACACAGCCCUGGAAUGGGGCAUUCCAAGGUUGUGAAGAGGCUGAUGUUGAGCUGGCUCAAGAUCUGCUGCCUCACAACUGUUGUAUGUCAGCAUUGGAGCUAGCCAUUGUGCUAGCUGGUAGGUGGCAUAGCAAUCAGGUCUGAAUUGGGCCCAAUUGUCCUGUCUCCUACUCUGCUGUUACUGCCAUGAGUGUUAGGACUAUGGAUGCAGUGGUUGUUCCUUUACUCUGCAAUCAGAUUUCCAGGAAGUUGCUUCAAAUUCAAUCUAGUUGUGCUUAAGAAUCAUUUCUAUAUUUUUGCAUGUAGUAAAGCCUAUUUCAGGCCAACUAUUCUUCUGCUGUCUUCAUGUGAGAAAUGCUUGCUACAGUGCAAUUUGUAUAGCCACUGUAGUGUAGUGGACAGAAUCUUAGAUUUGGCCUGGGAAGACCUUGGUUCAAAUCUCCUUCAGCGUGAAGUGCUGCUGGCAAAAAUUUGGGUGAAAGAUGACUGGUGGGCCAUUUCAAAAGAAUUGAAAGGCAAGACCUGGUCCAGAGAUGGACAGUUUGUCACACCUCUCUUUAAGGAAGGACAUAAUACAAAUGUGAUAGAAUAAUAAAAUAAUUGAUUUACGAAUUGUAGGGUCAUCUAGUCCAACCCCCUGCAAUGCAGGAAUCUCAAUGAAUAAAUGGAACCUUAAUUAAACUCUUUUAAGCAUGCCAAAGCACUAAAGUUGUCCAGUGGAAAUUAUUUUAUUCUUUUCUUCUUCUUGCAUGGCAAACUCCCAUUCAGUAUCACAAUCUGCAUUUGAAAUUUUCAGUUUCAAAAGAGGCUUGCAAUGCAGCAUGGAAAAUUGCUGUUCCAGAAACACAAGUCAAAAGUUUAUUUUACUGCAUAGCCACAGUUGUAUGGUUCUUUGGAUCCAGGCUGUAGGCUAUAUGUGUCAAAUCUUAAUUGUACUGAAAGUUAUUUAUUUUACUUAUAUAAUUCAUUUAUAGACCGCUUACUGUCAGUAGAUCUCAAAGUGGUUUACAUUUAAAAAGUCCAAGUACAUAUGUAUUCAGUAAGUCCAUUCUCCUUUCAAGUUUAAAUUAAAGUACUUGGAAAAUAUAACCUAUUCAAAAUACAUGAUUGAUUUUGGUGUAAUACAUUUUACAGCUAACAAUUUGAAUAUAAGUCUGGCAUAUCAAUAAGAGCAGCAUAGUAACAUCCCUUAAAUGCCUGAAUAAAUACAGGUUUAUCUCAGCACCAAAGUGCUAUGUCAGAGUAGUAUCAGACAAACAUGGAAUCAUCACAAAACUUUGCAAAGAGGAAUUUAUUAGGAGUGAACCCUUCCUUAUAUACCUUGGCUGCUAAUUAAUUUACACCAUGAUACUAUUUGUGGGUAAGGGACGCGGGUGGUGCUGUGGGUAAAACCUCAGCGCCUAGGACUUGCCGAUCGCAUGGUCGGCGGUUCGAAUCCCCGCGGCGGGGUAAGCUCCCGUCGUUCGGUCCCAGCUCCUGCCCACCUAGCAGUUCGAAAGCACCCUUAAGUGCAAGUAGAUAAAUAGGUACCGCUUUAUAGCGGGAAGGUAAACGGCGUUUCCGUGUGCUGCUCUGGUGCCGGUUCGCCAGAGCAGCUUCGUCACGCUGGCCAUGUGACCCGGAAGUGUCUGCGGACAGCGCUGGCUCCUGGCCUCUAGAGUGAGAUGAGCGCACAACCCUAGAGUCUGUCAAGACUGGCCCGUACGGGCAGGGGUACCUUUACCUUACUAUUUGUGGGCCACAAGCAUUCAGAUGGCAUCUUAUGCCUAUCUCAUGUUCAGGCCUUUUAGUUUUCUGUUUUUCUUAGCAACAGAAUUGUGCUUAUGGGGGCUGUUUUGCAAAAUGUUUUGUAGAGAUAACCCAAUGCUCCACCUCACUGGAAACAUUGUUCCUUUUGUUGGUCUAUCACCACCUCUGACACUUGAAAGGGGUAAAGCUAAUCUGCAAAGAGGCCUAAAUUCCAAUAACCUGUAGGAUAUAGAGAGAGUUUUGAAACUAUUCCAGACACUCCUGCCCCUGUUUAAAUAAUUAAGACUGAAUGGAUGUGAGGAAACAUAUUUUUAUCAUUGUUGUAAGUUGCCUUGAGCAUUGAGAAUAGGAAGUAAAAUGGUUAAAUAAAUAUUUUAAGCAUUAGCAAAAUAACUUUGUCAUCACCAGUUUGUUUUUUAGAAGGUAUGAAACUAGAUACGUUUUUUUCCUUUAGUCUGUUAUUAUCGUAAUGCUUGUGUUUUGAAAGCCAUUUACUAGCUCUUUAAUAAAUCAAGAUUAUAUAACCCAAUGAAACUAGAUAGGUACUUGGCUAUGGUAGAUUGAAUUUCCAUUGGUAACAAUCAACUGAAAUAUUGUCUGGUGAUUUCCAGCUUAAAAAUGUUGCAUAGUGUAGCUUUGUCCACUCAUUUCCAUAUGACAUAUUGUUUAUUAGACAACUCUUAAAGAAGUAGUAGUAGUAGUAGUAGAAGUAGUAGUAGUAAUAAUAAUAAUAAUAAUAAUAAUAAUAAUAAUAAUAUUUCUAUCCUGCCUAUCUGACUGAGUUGCCCCAACCACUCUGGACAGAUUCCAACAUAGAAUAAAAACACAACGGAACCAAUUUUGUUAUGUAUUAAUAGCAAAAAUGCCAUAUCCUCCAAAGUAUCUUAACAAAUGAAAGUAGGGUCACACUUCUAACCUUUCAUGUCUGUCAUGUCCCUGUUUAAAUGCCCUUAAAGCAAGCAAGCAAGCAAGCAAGCAAACAAACAAACCCCAAAACACAGUUGUAACCUUAUGGCAUAAACUGGGAAUUGCUCUACCCACUUGAACAUUUUGGUUACCCCCUUUUUAAUCUCUCCCCGCCCGCCCCUAGUUCUACAUAACUUUUUGAGAUGGCAUGCCCAGAACAAUACAGUGGUACCUUGGUUCUCAAACUUAAUCCGUUCCAGAAGUCCGUUCCAAAACCAAAGUGUUCCAAAACCAAGGUGCACUUUCCCAUAGAAAGUAAUGCAGAACGGAGUCACCUGUUCCAGACUUUUAAAAACAACCCCUGAAACAGCAAUUUAACAUGAAUUUUACUAUCUAAUGAGACUAUUGGUCCAUAAAAUGAAAACAAUGUAAGGUAAAGGUAAAGGGACCCCUGACCAUUAGGUACUGUCACAGACGACUCCGGGGUUGUGGUGCUCAUUUCACUUUAUUGGCCGAGGGAGCCGGCAUACAGCUUCCAGGUUAUGUAGCCAGCAUGACUAAGCCGCUUCUGGCAAACCAGAGCAGCACACGGUAUCAAUGUGCUGUACUAUAAAAUAAAUAAGACAGUAUUGUAGAUUAUAAAAAUUAAAAUUAUUUUUUCUCCUUACCUGCACUGAUGAUAGUCAUUGUUUGGAUGGGGGACUUUUAUCCAUUUCCACAGUCACACAAUCAACCAAUAAGUAGCUGAAUUGGGUUCCACACAGUCACAAAAACAAAUUAACCAAAUAAGCCUCAAAAACGCAAAAUAAAUAGCAAAAACAAAAGCUCCAAACGUAAUCUGCUCCGGAAGUCCGUUUGACUUCCAAAAUGUUUGAAAACCAAGGCACAGCUUCUGAUUGGUGCAGACGCCCUGGAAACAAUAGCCAACAGCCGCUUCGGACGUUUUGCUUCCGAAAAACAUUAGAAAACUGGAACACUUACUUCUGGGUUUUUGGCAUUUGGGAACCAAGGCAUUUGAGAAGCAAGGUACCACUGUACACAGUACUGUACUUCAAAGCAUGGGCACACCAUAUAUUUGUAUUUUAAUUAUGUGAUGAUGGAAGUUUUAUUUUAAUAAUAGCUAUCAUGGGAUUUACUUUUUUCACAGCUGCAGCAUCCUGGUCAAUUGUUUUCAUUGAGCUAUCCACCACAACCUCAAGUUAUUUGUUGGUCAGUCAAUGUCAGCUCAGACUCCAAAGUUGCCUUGUAAAGUUAGGAUUUUUUUUUACCAUGAAAUGUAUCACUUUGCUGUUACUUACACUGAACACUUUAUGUUACUUAUUUAACAAGUCCCCCCCCCCCCGUUUAAACAACAAAAACCUCUUUUGUUUUUAGGUUUUACAUAAAGCAAUACAAAAAUUCAUUAAAACACCAAUAAAAACAGUAGGCAAAGUAAAAUGUAUCAAAAUAUAAGUAAAAGUCUGUAGUUUUACAACAAAUAGAUGUAAUAAAAUUAUAUGUCUAGUAGGUUUACCUAAGCAAAAAAGUUUUUAGCAGUUACCAGAAACUACAGUGAGGUUUUCAUCCUUAGAUGGCACUUGUCAAAGUGCCAGCUUUGCAGAUUGAAGCAUUUGAGUGGGUAAGAUCAUUUCGCCUUUUUAUUGCCCAUUCAGCCAGUUAGGAGAGCUCUUUUUGGAGUUUUUUUUGCUUUUUUUACCAUUCUGAAUAAUUUGGUGUCAUCAGCAAACUACCAUCUUAUUGCUUAUGCCUAGCUCCAGAUAAUUAAUGAAUAAUUUAAAAAGUUCUUGUUCCAAUACAGUUCCUUACCUCCCUCAUUGUGAAAACCAUCCAUUUGUGCUCUGACCUCUUAUCCACUAGCUUCUAAGUUUACUUUGGUGAAGGAAUUAGUCAAACACUUUUUGAAAGCAGAAGGAUAAAAUGUUCUUGUUGUCACUGUCAAGGAACUCUGAACAGAAUAGUGAGGCAGACUUAUUUCUGCAGAAAGCACAUGAGGUUAUUCCAGCAAAACUUGUUCUUCUCAGCACUUGGUAAUUUUAUCUUUAACAAUAUUUUCAGUGUAUUUAGAAUAUACUUUAAGCUAACAAGUGUGUAAUUUUUUGGCGCCCCCACAUCCUUUUAAAAAAAGUUAUACUGGGCGCUUUCCAGUUCUCAAGUAUGGAGAUUGAUUUUAUUUCAAGAUCAGCAAUUUCACAUUUGUGUUUUUAAGGAACUCGUGGAUGGGAUACCAUUAGAAUCUGCUAAUUUUUUAAGUUGUCAAGGCUUUGAAAACUAGCAAUACAAUUUUAAAUUACCUUCCAAUCUAAAGGCACUAAAUGUAAGGAAUGUAGGACAGAUACGAUCUGAUCACAGUUGCUUAGAGCAGUAAGUAACUAUGCUAUUCCGUUAUGAACAAUUUAGUGACAAAGCAGCAUUACUGGAGGCCCAUAUAGGAGGAAAUAGCAGAAACUGAGCUUUGUGACCACCAGGGACCAUUGGGGCAAAACCACCACAGGACAAAUAAAAUCACAAUUAGCACAUCAAUCUCAAACUUAGUAUUCAAAUUUGGAAGAUGAUGACGACCCACUUCCUUGAUCUGAACUUGUCAAUGCAAAAGAAAUUGAGGACAUUAAUAUUGUGCCCUUCAGACCCUCAUAUUGCACCCUUCAUACAUUCCCCACCAGUCUUCCCAGCAGGCCAUAUUCAGGAUUUCUCCAGGUCAGAGAAAAAAGUACUAUGAUUCAAAGGGGUAAGAGAUACAUUAUGGUUACCUAUGGCACUCUUAAGUGUCUGCUACUGAAUCACAUGGGUGUAGAACAGCACAUAGAGGAACACAUUUAAAUCUCUUUGGAACAACACGUAAUUGUUCUUCAUUAGUGAUUCAAUCUCAUCUUGUGGAUAUAAAUUUUGUAGGUAUAUUUUAUUCAAGUUGGCUCAUCUUGAAGAGGCAGUUCAUGUUCAGUCAUUUCUGAUGGGAUGCAGCUGUAAGGUCCAGUGUAAUCAUAAUGGCUAGCUGUCCUUGAUCUAAACUCUUCAGCAGAUCAGCCAUGCCCAUAGAAAGUUUGAGGUUACAGAAUUAAAAAAAUUGGGGAUAGUAGGUCAGUGCACCUAGAAUACGGCUUGGAGGCACCUAUAAUUAAGGGGCUAAAAGAGGUCAGUUUUGUGUACUAGUUAUUGCCAUGACUAUGUGCUAGUUAGGGCUGGAAUAGCUACUGUUCCUUCUGAGGUGGUGAUUCAGAAGUGGGAGAAAAUUUGGUAAGGCUCAUGCAGUGACCGCUCUCCAUGUGUGUCCUUCUUGUACCUGUGGAAGAGCUAAAUAUACAUGCCACCUCUGGCAAAUUAUUGUGGAUCUACUUGGGUCUUAGCUGGGAGUAAGUCCCACUGAACUCGAUGACAUCAUAACUGAAGUAACAUAUAUGAGUGCAUAAUGCCCUUCCUCCCAAUAAGACCAAUAAGUUCAGGGUCUAAAAUUACCUAGCUGCACCACUGGCACAGUUCCUUCCUGAAAUAGACCAUUCCUUAAAUUGGGGCUUACGCCCUCUCUGUGUUCCCUUCCUCUCUCCCUUCUCCAAGCCUAAAAAGCCUUACUUUAUAGUUUGUGUACAUCAAAUGAAUUUUAUAUGGACUAGAGAAAAUGAUUAUAACCACAAUCCUGUAACUCUCACCAGUAAGUAAAUACCAAGGAAAUCAGUGGGUUUACUCAGAACUGAGUAGACAUGUAGAGAAUUGUGCUGCGUGAAGGCAGUCUUGAUUACGGUGAACACUUAGCUGGAGUAAGCCUUACUGAAUACAAUAAAAAAUUACUUUGAGGUAAAAAUGCAUAAGAUUGUGCUGUAAAUUCAGACUUCCGCUUGUUUUGUGUUUAUUUAACAGUAACCUUAUUAAUUUUAAAAAAUAAUAUUAACUCCUAAUUUAUUUUCAUUGAAUUAUAUUUUUAGUUUUUAUCCCAUCACUAUAUCAUAUACUUUAUAAUACAUAUUUCAAAAUGUAUAUUAAGGUUUUGUGAAAGUCUUAAUUGUUUGAUGGACUCAAAUUUUAUAUUACAAAAAGGGCUAAUUUUUGUCUAAAUCUUUGUUAAACUUACCGACUUUGAAGCAAAAAACGUAAUUCAAUUUCUUCCCCUCCCCCUUUUCAUCUAGUUUAUAGACCAUCUGCUGGGUGUAGUUAGAGCACAUGAAAGUGCGAAGGAUGGUAGAGAACGAGACAAGCAGCUUUGACAUAGGUAACAUGUCUCAAAAGAAAAAAAGCAAAGUAAUCAACAUUUCCCAUUGAAUUUGUGGUUCAGAUAUAUUAAAAGAGUAAAGAUGACUAGAAUUUCUUAGUUUUAAACUAUGAAUAAAAUCUUUUAUGUGAAACCAAAAUUAUAUAGCGUAAAUUAAGUUAGAUACUGACUGUAUUGGAAUAUUGCAGUAAACCUGCUGUUUCCCUAGCACAAAUAGGAGCAACAAACCACAGUCCUUGGAUUAGAGUUAUGUCUGAACUAGCAACUGUGGUUUGAUUUGCUUCACAUGAAUUACAAUCUAAAAUCAAAAUUCGUUUUUGGCUUUCUGAACAUGACUUGUUGAAGAAAAACAAACCACCAUCUUUGGGUUGGAUGUAAUGCUAAGCCAGGGAUAAUGGUUUAUUGCUUUUGUUUGUACUAGAGCAGGAUCAGAUUUGGAAUGAUCUGUGCCUUAUGUGCAAAGAGGACCAAUGUGUGUAUAACUAUAAUAUAAAAAUUCUGUUUUUGGAAAUAUAAUGAAUAAUUACAAUAUUUAGUGCUUCAGCAAAAUUUGAGGGUAAUGUUUUUGAAAGCAUUGAACUUCACGGAGCUCAAUAUAAUAUAAAAAGUUCAACAGUGGGGAAAAAGCUUGCUCCUUUCUUGAAGGUUAAGGAGUAUGUCAGAGACACUUUAGUACAGUAGUACCUUGGUUGUUGAACUUAAUCCGUUCCGGGAGUCCUUUUGGCUCCCGAAACGGUUUGAAAACCAAGGUGCAGCUUCCGAUUGGCUGCAGGAGCUUCCUGCACCCAAUUGGAAGCUACAGAAACUGCGUUGGAUGUUCAGCUUCCAAAAAACGUUUGCAAACUGGAACACUCACUUCCGGGUUUGCGGUAUUCGGGAGCUGAUAUGUUCGACAACUAAGCCAUUUGACAACCAAGGUACCAUUGUAACAGCAUUUCAACUUGGAGGAUCCCUUUAAGCCUGUCAUAAUUUGUGGUGUGGCUUAUUUGCUUCCAUUUUGUGGCUAUUUUCAUAAAACCUGUAAUUUGUCCUGCUAAUGUGGUAUGGGAAUUGCUUCAUUGGGUCACAUUGAAUACAAGUAACAUUUGUUUACAGGAGUCUUCUAAAAUCAGUGGAUAAUGUGGUUACUUUUCACACUAGCACUAGUAUUGUGGUGUUGAUGUAGGUGUAAUCAUAUAAUCAAACUGUCCCAUGUGGUUCCUAGAAAUAGACACUACAGUGGUGCCCCGCAAGACGAAUGCCUCGCAAGACGGAAAAACCGCUAGACGAAAGGGUUUUCCGUUUUGAAGUUGCUUCGCAGGACGAAUUCCCCUAUGGGCUUGCUUCGCAAGACGAAAAUACCUUGCGAGUCUAGAGAUUUUUUUCGCUUUCCCCCUUUAUCUAAUCUGCUAAGCCUUUAAUAGCCUUUAAUAGCCUUUUAGCAGCUAAUCCCUAAGCCUUUAAGCCUUUAAUAGCCGCUAAACCGCUAAUAGCGCUAAUAGCGCUAAUCCGUCAAUGGGCUUGCUUCGCAAGACGAAAAAACCGCUAGACGAAGACUCUCGUGGAACGGAUUAAUUUCGUCUUGCGAGGCACCACUGUACUGGUGUGGCAUGUGAGUCAUCUAUGCAGAACCUCUCUCACAUUUCAGUGGUUGGUUACAUAUAAAUUGGCCCUGAGUUAUGAAUGAGGCUGAAUGUAAUCUAGAAUGCAUCAGACGAAUACCUUAGAGAUGUUGAAUAAUGUAGAGCAUGACUGAUCCUGCUCAAUGCAGGCAUUCCAUUCCCCAGGGUACUGUGGUUAAGCAGUAGCAAUUAAAUGUUUCUUUAAAUAUUUUCAUUGUCUUGUGGUCACAGUUUAUUUGUUUAGCUAGAGAUUUAGGUUGGACAUAAUAAUCUGUCAUUAAAGUUAUUUUACUUAAUUUAUGUGACGCAAUUAUGUGCAUUUGCAUCUCACUAAAAUAAAUACAAUAAAUUCAUGUAAUUGCAUCAGCUUGCUGAUUUCUAGAGAGAUAAUUUACUAUUUAUUGUAAUCCAUUGAUCAUAAAUAAGGAUAAUAAUAACAAAAAAAGACAAAUCCUAAAUUUUGAAAUGAUGAGCCAUUAGAUGAGCUUGUUGCAUGGGUCAGUGCUCAUUACUUUUUAUAAAUCUAAAAUUAUGUUUAUCUUCAUAAAACAGGAAAGUAUGAUCCAUCUUAAAUGAAGCACUUUGAAGGCCUGUUCGUUUCAGUUGGAGUUAAGCCCUUGCUCACUUCCCUCCCUUUGAAAUUAAUAGGAUUUAAAUAUGUUGAGCUGUAUCUGGAUUCUACCCAAUAUUUGAGUAAGCAAUCAAAGUUACUAUAUGUGGUACUUAUUUAGUGGGAACAGAACAUUCAAAGUAUAGGUUUUGCACUUUGUAAUCUAGUUGACCUAUAGUGCCAUCUAAUGGCUAAUUUAUGAAAUACGUUAAAAAAUUUCCCAUGAAAACCAUGGUCUAAUGAAUACUGUGCAAAAUAAUACAGUGGUACCUCGGGUUACAUAUGCGUCAGGUUACAUACACUUCAGGUUACAGACUCCGCUAACCCAGAAAUAUUACCUCGAGUUAAGAACUUUGCUUCAGGAUGAGAACAGAAAUCGUGUUCUGGCGGCGUGGCGGCAGGAGGAGGCCCCAUUAGCUAAAGUGGUGCUUCAUGUUAAGAACAAUUUCAGGUUAAGAACGGACCUCCGGAACGAAUUAAGUACUUAACCCGAGGUACCACUGUACUCUAUAUGGGUUGUUUUUGGCCAUCAUAGAAACCAUUGAGAUCAGUGGACUUAAGUUAGUAAAGACAAGCUUAUUUCUGUUGAUUCUGGGAUGGCUGCUCUGAGGAUGAGUUAACCAGAUAAAGCCUAUUUUUCAUUGCAAAUUAUAUUUAAUAGAUUUUCGCAUCUGGUUCCCUGAGCCUGAGUGAGCACAGAAGUGAAAAAUACUUUUGGCUGUGUGUACACUGAAAUUACAACUGCAGUGUAAUGUUUGGAGUUUUCACCUGCUGUCUCAGAACUAAUACUUUGUAAGAAUUUGAGAAUAAUCUUUUUUAAAGUGAGCAGUAUUAAUUGACAAUAAUCUGAAGCUGCCAAUAAUUAUUAAAAACUUAAUUUUUUAUAUGGGACAGUGGAUGUCACUACUAAUGUGAACUACUAAACUAUGGUUGUCAUAAAGAAGAUCUCCCUGCCAUGUUUUUAAACAUGUGUUUUAAAUGUAUAAACCCAGAUUACCCAUGGGUUCAGAAGGCUGCAGAAAUUGCAGUAGCCCCAUACUUCAUCUCUCACAAGUCAAGGUGUGGGCUGAUAUAGAGUGUGUCAGUAAGCCAGCAUACUAGGAUAGCUGGCAUAUGUGCCUUCACCUGCUGUCACCACUGCCUGGUCAGGUAAGGACUUGAUAAAAAGAAGAGAAGGGAGCUGAAGUGGGGAGUUGAUGGGGAGGGUUCUUUGGGGACCAAAGAGGGCUGACUGGAAGGAGGAAUAUUUUCUGAACCUUGGUUUAUUUCUGAAUCAAUAAAGGCAGUGGCCCACUUGCACAUCUCUGCUGUGGACUUCUGUUUGUCAGCUUGCUGUCAGCAGGUAACAUAAACUUCUAGGAAUAUGCCUCUUCCAUUGAAACGGACUGCUUUCUUGUGCCAUAGUUUCAGUGAUAGCUGUUCUACCCCUUUAACACUGGGGCUGGUCUCUGGGAUAACAUUAUUGCAGAUAAUGAUACUGUCUCUGUCUUAAAUGGUCACUGGCCUAUUAAGCCAAGAAAGCAAAUAAAGGGGUACACAUAUUGCCAAUAGUGAUUUUGUUUUUUUGUUGCGACAUGUAUCCAGUGGGUAAAUGGAGCAAAGGUUGGUUAAAUACCCUUUGAUUAAUGAGGAUCUUUAGAAGCAGCUAAAAUAAGAACUUUUUAGUACUCCUUUGUUAUACAGUGGUACCUUGGGUUACAUAUGCUUCAGGUUACAUACGCUUCAGGUUACAGACUCCGCUAACCCAGAAAUAGUACCUCGGGUUAAGAACUUUGCUUCAGGAUGAGAACAGAAAUCGUGCUCCGGCGGUGCGGCGGUAGCAGGAGGCCCCAUUAGCUAAAGUGGUAGUUCAGGUUAAGAACAGUUUCAGGUUAAGAAUGGACCCCCAGAACGAAUUAUGUUCUUAACCCAAGGUACCACUGUAUGCCUAUUUUAAACUUUUUAAAUUCUAUGCUGUUGUGAAAGAAAUGAAGUUAUUUAGUUAUAAUGAAUUAAUUAUUAUAUAAAUUAAAUACCAAUACUGUAUUUGAUACCUUAACACUGUAAAAACAGCAUAACUUUUAGUACUAAGUAGCAUUCAACUAAAUAAUUCCACAAGCGGAAUGAGUUCCAUUUGUGCAAAGGGACUUAACUCCUCCUAACAUCCCAUGCCAUUCCCAAAUCUGCUCUCGAGUGCUGGGGUAACCUCCAAAACAGAUUUAGGGAACACAAAGGUGAGAAGAGAGAGGGUGAACAUUCCCUUGUGCAAGGAGAAAUCCUUGCUCUCAUGGAACACUCCCCUUAGUGCUACUUUGAAUACAACCCAUUAAAUUGUGUUUUUAAAAAUAAGAGUUAUGUUCAUUGACCAUCAUGGGGUUUCAGAUCAAGUACCAGUUUGGCUUGUACACAAGGCAGAUACUAUUGCAUUGACCACAUUAAUAAUUAAACUGUCUUGACAUGCAGUAAGAUAAAUAUAUAGUUUCAUACACUAUUGGAGCAAUUGAACAGUCAACACUUUAUGUAAGUAAAAAAAGAAGUUUAUAAAUGCUUUUUUAAAGCAAUUACCCUUCCUUAAAAUUAAAGUUAUUUGUUUUGGUUUAAUGCUUGUGAUACUGCUACUCUUCAAAAAUACUUUUCCAGUAUGUUUGAAAUUACUUUUGGAAAGAGAUAAAAACAAAUUUAAAUAUACAACAUAUGUUGAUUUUUGUGACAUAGAAAACAAAAGUCCUAAUAUAACGACAUUUAAUUUAUGGUAAGUUGCCAAAUACUAAUUUUGUUAGCGUAAUUUAUAACCUUUGAAUUCAUUGCUAGUAUUUACAGUACAUUACGAUAUUAAUUUCAGUGAAUUUCUUUCACCUGUUAUUGAAAUAUAAUAAUGUUCCUUGAAUUACUUUAGUUCAUUAGAUAGAACUUACAUUCUUUUUGUCAUUGUGCAUCUGCUAUGUUGAAUAAAACUUUUCAGCCUCAUAAAAACAGUUCUAAGAUAGUCUUUACAGAAUCUGUUGUAUUUUGAAAGUUGUAAUACUUUUCAAGAAGCAAUUAAUAUUAUUGUGGGUCAUUAAUUAGGAUAUAACUUUAGCAAUAUUUUUAAUGGAGUGCAUCCUCUGCAUAAUUGUGUUAAAUUCCUUAUAUUUAAUUUUAUGAGAGUUACUAUUACUAUCUGUCCAUAAAAUAAUUGUGCUUAAUAGUUAAUUAGUUAAUUUAAGAGAAUUAAAUGCUUAAUGUUAAACAGUGGAAUGCAAACAGCAUAGUAUACUGUACUGCACAUAAUCCCUCAUGGGGUUAUAGAAAUACUGGUUACAGGUUUAAGAAUACUAUCAGAAUAGUCAUGUCUUUCACAUGUGAUAAAAUCAGGCUGCUUAUAGUCCUAAAGAUGAGUUCAUGUAUGCAAAUUGAUACAAGAUAGAUAAUUCCAAAUACUUGCAUUUGGUGUUAAGGCAGAUGAAUAAUUAAUUAGUCUAGCUGAAGCUAAGGUAUCAUUCUUUCGUAAGGUAUUAAUUGCUGUAUUCUCUUAACCUCAGAAAAUGAUCUUAGAUCUAUAAUUGAUAUUAUCAUAUUAAACACUAAAUUUAACAUUAAGCUAAUAAGCAAACCAGCCAUGCUCUGUGGCUGAAAAAAGUGUUAUUCUAUUGGGACAGUGCCCUUGCAGAAGAACUAUACAGGCAGGAGUAACUUCAGCAAUAAAAUGGGGCUAGUCACAAAUUCAAGAAUAUGUAGUUACCGUAAUCACUUACCUUUUUACUUUUACUUUUUAGAAACCCUAAUAACUAUUUUAUGCAUUUGGGUUCUAACAGACUCCAAAGAUUAUGAAAUAUGUACCCUUUUACAAUAAAAGGGUUUGAAUUCAAUUGUUCUGUGAUCUUUCAGUGCUUUUCACAUGAUGAUGAUGUUGUUGUUUUAAUUGAUUGUUUCUGUGCUGUGGCAUUAUAGUCAGUCAAAAUAAAUGGGGGCAAAUGAAACACUGCAUGCCUGAAGGCAUUGGCCACAACUUGAUAAAAAGUCUAUUGAAACAGCAAGUACUUUUCAUAAAUUUGAUGCAGCACUUAAAGCAAGGCAUUGUUAAUAAUUUAGAGAUGAAAGCAGGGCUGCAUGCCAGUGGCAGGCAUAGCUAAAGUGAAUGUGGAAGUCACUCAGGUUGGUGUGGCCACCCCAGAUUCACAGUCUCUUGCAGUCACAGACUUGCAGACGUACAAAAAUGCAUGCAAAUCCCUCUAUAGUGGUUGCUCUGUACUACAAGCACCAAUCCUUAAUGAAACUUCAUACAAUAAAAUUAGAAUUGUGUUUCUAGACCCUUGGAAGACUAAAUGUUAGAUCUUCAGAGGGUGUUGGAUGGCCACUAGUCAAUCUGGAGGCAAGCAAAGAGAACAGGAAGCUGGAGUGAGAAAGCAGUGGCUUCAAAACCAGGUCCAGGUUACUGACAGGUGUGGGAUCCAAUCAACACCUUAAACAUGUACUGGCUGUCAAUUUGUUACCUGACCAAGUCAAAGAUUUUACUAUAUAUCUGUAGUGGGCAUGAGAAAGCAUGUGUUGAAUUCAUUCACAAUGACAGGUUCCACAUAGAUCUCCAUGUGUGGUAACUGUUUAUUUGCAGCUAGAAAAAAUACCUGGUUAUAAUCCAAAAGGAUGUGAUUUUAAACUUUGAUUUAAACAUUAUGUUCAUUAAUGGGUCACAUUGCUUUUAUGAAAUACAAAAGUAAACACAAUUCAUAAAAGUAGACAUAAAAUUGCUGCCGUAUUCAGCCAAAGCCACGUAGAUUUCACAAUUGGCAGGAAGGGGAUAUAUACACACGUUGGUCUUGACAGUAGAUCUGUGAUUGAUGACUUGAUUGAAAGUAGGCUGAAAAAUUAUAUUGUAAUGAAAAUGAUGGCAAUUAAUAUUUAUUUAUUAAGGAUUUUUAUUUUAUUAUUUUAACUCUACAAGGCAAAUAUAUAAACAAUAUGAUAAUAUAAUAAACGUUAGUAAAUAACUUAAAGAGCAAAUAAAUGAAACAAGAUAAAAGAGUUAAAUAAAAGCAUUCAAAGCACCAGCAGCUGAAUUCUAUUCUAUGAACUCUGUUGAGCCUAAAAUUAAACCAUCUUGGCCUGAUGCCUAAAAACUAACAAAAAAGAAGCAAAGCAACUUCCCUGGGUAUGGAGUUCUACAGACUUGUUACCACCACUGAAAAGGCAGUGUGCCCAUGUAACCACUUGAAUGAAGGGGAAUAUGAAACUAGGCCUCUUGUUUCAUCUUCCCCCUAUUAUGUACUUGCAUGGAAGUUUGGGUCUGGGUGUGAUUUACUAACAAUCUAGUUUAAUGAAAUGUGUUGGCUUUCCAUUCUGGUCAUUGUUUGUGUUUUUUCUAGUAUCUCCUGAGGCAGUUGGAUUUCUGUCAGCAGUUGGACUGUUUAUUAUCCUGUUGUUGAUUCUUUUUCUAUAUAUUAACAAGAAGAUGUGUUUUGAGAAUGUUGGAGGUUUCCCAGACCUCAAUUCACGAUACAAUGCCAGAAAAAAUUCACAGGACAAACUUUGUAAGUAUCAAAUUCUAUGGUCUAUGGCUUUGAAAGACAGCAAACCCCUGGUGUAAUAUCAUAUGAAUAAUGUUAUGUAGGCAUAAAAGUUUGACUUGAAUAAAAUAAAUAUCUUAUAUAGUCCAAAAUACUUUUACUAAUCCAUCUGUAGUGCUUAGUCAGAAUUUAAUGGCUUUGGGGUCUGUUGAAUGUUGUGUAAGAGGUUGACAUUUUAGAUAGUGGAAAGAAACAAAUGGUUUUAUAUUUCCCAAAUAUGCUUAAUAAAAAUAAUUAGAUCACAGCUUUUAUAUACCAGGAAACCAUAUUUUCUCAAUUAUGAGGGACAAAAUCUUAGAUAUUUCUGAAUCUCAAAAGUGGUAGGACGAACAUCUUUUAUUUGCAGUAUAUCAUUCAUUAAAAGUUAGAGGGAAAACACACAAUAAUCAUAUUUGAACUGAAUUAUAUUCCAUGACCGCAGUUCAACAUAGAAUUUAGACUGCAUAAACUUGUUGAUUUUACUGGGGUUGUAUGCUUAUAUUUGUACAGAAUUUGUACAGACUGUUGGCCAUGGGUACAGAAUUAUUGUGGUCUGGGUGAAUACAAUGUUAAGAAUGUAGUCCAGUGUUAAGAAUUAUGUUAAGAAUUAAUUUAUGAGGAAUGGCUAAGGGAGCUGGGCAUGUUUAGCCUGGAGAAGAGAAGGUUAAGGGGUGAUAUGAUAGCCAUGUUCAAAUAUAUAAAAGGAUGUCACAUAGAGGAGGGAGAAAGGUUGUUUUCUGCUGCUCCAGAGAAGCGGACACGGAGCAAUGGAUCCAAACUACAAGAAAGAAGAUUCCACCUAAACAUUAGGAAGAACUUCCUGACAGUAAGAGCUGUUCGACAGUGGAAUUUGCUGCCAAGGAGUGUGGUGGAGUCUCCUUCUUUGGAGGUCUUUAAGCAGAGGCUUGACAACCAUAUGUCAGGAGUGCUCUGAUGGUGUUUCCUGCUUGGCAGGGGGUUGGACUCGAUGGCCCUUGUGGUCUCUUCCAACUCUAUGAUUCUAUGAUUCUAUUCUAUGUUUUAUGGUUUCUUAAUAACCGAUACAAUGUGGGGUAUAUUCUAGUGUUUUGAAACAAUGUAGUAUAUCUGUCUUUAUAAUAUAUUAUUUAAAUACGUUUAAACUUUUUCUUUGCAGGUGUAGAGUAAAUUCAACAAUUUACAUAUAAUAUUUAAAAUGUCUGGUUAUGUUAUACAAUACAACAUACAACACAACAUAAAAAACAGAAUAGAUUUUUAUCAGUUGAUUUUGGCUUUGUGUAGUAGAAAACACUUGCUCCUAUUUAUUGCUUUUAAGGUAACAGAAUUCAGAGAAUGACUAAUCUGCAGAGUCCACAAUUUAAAGGAUAGGGUUUAGGAUACUUGAAAAAAAUACAGUAGCAAUGCAUUAGAGGAAUAACAUACAGUAUUUUCAAAGCAAUAAUGUACUAACAAUCAAAACAUGGCAUUUUUCAAAAAUUUUCAACAAAAUCUGAGCCUUCCUUCUAUGUCCUCUCUGGUUGACACACUCAGUAAUGCUGUAGAUGAUCUAACCAGUGCUGUUGGAGAUGUCAGCUAUACAGUAGCUGACUCAGUUACAGAACAGGUAACAAGUAUGAUCAACAGCCUUCGGACAGAUGAUACUGCUACCGCCCAAGAAGAUAAAUCUAUAGUAGAUAAAGAGGAAAAUAAAGAGAAAGAAGACUUGAAAAAUGUUACCUUUCCAAAAGAUACUAGGCAGAACUGCAAUACAUAUAGAACAGAUGCGUCCCUUAAUAAAGAACUAAAUCAAGAAUUGCAUGCUGUAGUAGAACAAAAUGAGGGCCCGUUACAUAAAAAAGCAAAACAAAGAUCACCAGGACUUGACUUCAAAAACACCAAAGAAGUGCACAGUUUUGAUUCCAGGAAUUCAGAAAAAAAUGAAGAGCAAACUCCAAAAUUGCAGAAGUCAAAGUCUAAAAAAGCUCAUGGGGUUCAUGAAGUAAAAGAAAAGAAAUGCAAACCAUUUUCGGAUGGCCACAGACAGUCUGUAACAAAGCAGGAAGAAAAUGCACCAUCUAUUCUUUUAAAAGAAAGUAAAAAGGAAAAGGCUAAGGAAUCAGAAUGUUUUUCAAAAGAAGUGAGUAGUAAGAAGACACCAGAAAAAGGUGAGGUGUCUUAUAUCAUACUUUAUCCAUGUGGCCUUUCCUGGAUCUUUUACUACAUACUUCUUUUCCCAACUGUUUUUUAGAUUUCAUUCAUAAUGAUCUUUAAAACAGUCUCCUUAGUAGAAACUCUUUGUGAUAUGUAUAUUAUUUUCUCUGAAAUUUGCUUUAUCUAAUUUUAUUCAUACUCCUUGAAAACUGGUUAAAUAUUUUCUUUCCUGAUUAAUGCUACUAACUUUUGAAUAGUGAUUAAUCAACUUUUUAAAAAAAAAUCUUUCUGUUCCCUUAAAUUUUACUACAUCUUUCAGCGGAUUACACUGGAUAACAAGAAUAUUUUGUACAUGAUUCUUGAAUUCUAUAUUUAUAUGCGUUUGUUUACCUGGUGCUUCAGGACAUAGUGUGCAGAUGUUGUUUUAUUAUAAGAAAUAAUAUCUGGGAACCUAACAUAUUAUAAGCUACAUAUAGCUUUUCAUGAGGAGUAAUACUAAAAGUGAGAAAACUAACAUACAAAUCAUGAAGUGGUAAUGCAACAAGUCUAAAAUAUAUAUAUCUAAAAUAAAUAAAUAUAAUUGAAAAUAUAUUUUCUCUAAAAUCAGUCAAUGCAUAAAUUAUAAAAUAGGUUAUUUCACAUCUCUAAUAAUUGAAGGAAAACAAACAUUUAAAGCCAUUGCUAGCGAAACCAUGAAGGUAUCCCAAACUUUGCAGUUAUACCUAAAAACAAAUGCUGACAUAAAUGUAUCUAUCUAACAAGAAGGAUAAACCCCCUAUAUCAAGUUACAGAAGAGCUUUCUGAAUGCACUAAGGGUGAUAGGGCAAAGAGGGAAGACAAAACAAAAUGAAAUGCAUGGGGGGCGGAUCUUCCCCAUGGGCUGCAGUAAAAGGCAUGUAUUUAGGAAACAACCUUGGUUCAUCCCUUUAAAACCCUGAUUAUUUCAGGUUAAAAUAAAUAUUUCCAGGAAUAACAGAAACAAAAAAUAAUUAUGUUGGGGAUAAUACAUUUAUUGUGAAGUUUGAGCUCUUGCCUAAACUGGGUUAAAAUGUGAACUAUAUUACCUUCUGUUUAGGAAAAAAAAUGUAUUAACAGUUAAAUGUUUACCCAUUAUAAUUUUAGCACUCUCCUUUAUGGUGCCAUCUGUUAUCAUUCCCCCCUCCUUUUUUUCCAAAAUAGACAACUCAUACAUAAAUAAAGAUCAGCAUGGUUCAUCAUCUGAAAGUGAAGAUGAGGCACUGGGUAAAUAUCACGAAGCCUUAUCCAGAACACAAAGUUCAAGGCCACCAGCAGGCGAUAACAGACAACAGAAAAACUAUAUUUGGGAAACCAGACAAAAAUAUAGCCCUCUGUCUGCAGAGUAUGAUGGGUACAGUAGUGAAGCCUCAAUAGAUGAAGGUAUGACAUUAUUUACAAUAGUUUUUACUUCAUCUUAUUUCACAUUCAUCAAAAAGCACCAUAGGAUAAAAAUACAGCAGUUGCAAGAUAUUAACUGUAAAGGUGCCAGUAAAAUCUAAAACCCUGACUGAAAUAGUUAGGGAUUUAGGGGGAAAGACUGGAUUUCUUUUAUUGAGCUUUUACCUUCUGAGUACUUAGUGCUUUCCAAGCAUUUCCCCUAUAUUCAUAUGGGAAACGUUUAACGAAAAGCAUUGCAGUUUACAAUUUAUUGUUAUGUAUGGAAAAGUUUGUAAACAUUUCCUGAUAAUAAAUUGCCUUUGGUAUAUGGUGGUUUUAGGGUGACUAGAUGAAAAAGACAGGGCUCUGUGCCUUUAAUAGCUAUGUAAAAGAGGGGUUUUCAGCAUGUGUUACUUGUCAUACAAACAACACCAUCCCAAAUUUACCUCCUCUAUACAGGUCUUAAAGGUGCGCUCCUCUUUUUCAUCUGGUCACCCUGGUUUGUACUGACUCUGGUUUAAACAUGAGAUUGUUAAGAAAUCACUGUUGUUGUGAGCUAAAGGUACAUGUUCUAGCCCUAUUAUAUUCUUACUGGGAUACCAGAUAAGACAUCCUCUGAGACUUCUAUACCAGCUGGAUGAUAGAAAACUCACGUUUUGAGAAUUGGUGAUGAUCUGGUUCAGUUGUGUAACCAUAGCAGAAUUUAUUUAGAGUUUUACAUAUAUGUGUCAGUUUAUUUAAGGACCUAUUCUGAGACAGAAAAAAGUUAGUUGGGUAAAUUAGGAAGAAACACAUAAGACUGAUGACCUGUUGGCACAUAAUGUCUGUAAAUCACCUUGGAAGAUGAUUCAUAAAUGUAUUCAUCAUCAUUCCCAUACUGUAAUGUCCAAGGGAAUGCCCAGAGUGUCUAAGGUACCAUACAAUGUGUGACGCUUAUCUUUUCUGUCUUAGAUGACUUCUAAUAAGGUAGUGGAAUUCUGGUGUGUGCUCAGAGUUUGGGUCAGGGAAUCAUCAUCAAGUGAUUCAUCAUCAACAACAGACAUAUAAUUUUGGAUUGGGGACUAGUUAAAAGGGAGAUAGAAUCUGUCUCUGAGAUAAUAAAAGUAGGGCAUGUUUAUUUGAAUAGUCUGUUAUUUUGUCUUUCAUCUGAAAGUCUCAGCUUCUCAACCAAUUAUGUUGUACAUCCACUGUUGGAUGAAAUAUGUAUUUGACUGCCAGUUGCUGAGAAUCACUAGUAGGGAUAGUGCGGUUGUCCUCAGGUGUUUCUUGCAGGCUUCCCAUAGGCAUCUGGUUGGCCACUAUGAGAACAGGAUGGAACAGAUGGGUCAUUGGCUGAUCCAAAAGGCUUUUUCUUAUAUUAAUUAAUAUUUCCUGCUUCAUUAGGGCAUAUUGUGUCAACUACUAAUUAAUGAAGUGUUUUCAUAAGAUAUUUUUUGUAAAUCCACAUUUCCCUAACAAACAGUCUUACCAACUUUGGCCUUGCCAAAAAUUAGAAAAUGUUUGGGUGAUGUUAACGAAAUGCUUUUUCUUUCCACCUUUGAGAUAGUUCCUUCUGCUUUUUCUUAAGGUAACUUAAGUGUUUUGUGACCCUUUGGGGCAGGCAUUACUUCUUCCCUUUCUAAAGUGGCAAAUAAGUUUAGGUUUAUUUUUCAUCAUAGUAUAAUAGUGGCAAGUCUUUAGGCAGCUUGAAAGGAGUCUUUGGGAAAUGAUCAGCAUCCUAGUCUUACGUUCUUAUAGGUAACAAUACAGUCCAUGUCCUCAGGCUUUCAGUCUAAAAGAUACAAUAAAAAAUAAUAAAUAGAUUGAGGUAGAAGAGGGGGGAAAGCAAACCCAGGCACUAAUGUUUAAUUACAAAGAGUUUAAGGAAAAGAGGGAUCCAAAGUUGCUGGUCUCUCAGCCAAGCCAAUGGAGUGACUUGCUUCUUUCUGCUGUCACCUGAUGUGAUGGCUUCUGCCCAUUGACAGUUGAUUGGGGGAGGAGCCUGGUUAUUUCUCUACAGACUGAUGGUGACACUGCUUCCCUCAUCUCCCUUUGAUGUAGCCUCACUUUUAGGUAGAUCACUGUCUUAUGUUCAGUCAAGUUCCUAGCAUGCUUUAAUGAUGUUAUGACUAUCAUUGAUCCUAUUAGAACUUUAGCAGAUUGUGACAUGAUGAAGUGUUGGUGCUAUGGCUGGAAUCCUUAUGAUUUUUCAUAAGACACUGAAAUAGGACAUUGCUGAGUUGAUCUGCUCAUUCCUGAAAGAGCAGGGAUGAAUGCCUACUCAUUACCUCUCUGGCUUCAUGUGAAGUUCUCUAAGGUUUCAUAGUAUUUCCUCUUCCCCUCACACUUGCCUAUUCACUAUAUAGAGCCGGGGUCAGCAAACUUUUUCAGCAGGGGGCUGGUCCACUGUCCCUCAGACCUUGUGCGGGCCGGACUAUAUUUUGGGGAGGAAAAAUGAACGAAUUCUUAUGCCCCACAAAUAACCCAGAGAUGCAUUUUAAAUAAAAGCACACAUUCUACUUAUGUCAAAACACCAGGCAGGCCCCACAAAUAUCCCAGAGAUGCAUUUUAAAUAAAAGGACACAUUCUACUCAUGUAAAAACAUACUGAUUCCCGGACUGUCCACAGGCCGGAUUUAGAAGGCGAUUGGGCCGGAUCCAGCCCUUGGGCCUUAGUUUGCCUACCCAUGAUAUAGAGGCUGUAUUGAAAUAAAUGGCAAUUUGCAGUUAGAAGUAAUUGAUAUGCAGAUAACUAUCACCUAUCCUUCUCAUCUGUGUAAGAUUCUAUGCUUACCGGAUGCUUGACUAUUGCAAAAACUGGACGUGAACCAUCCAAGACUGAUGGAAUUACGAUCAGCAGGCUUUGUGUCUAGUAAAUGUGAGUGGGAGGGAUUUGUAGUUCUUUCUAGAUCUGUUGGUAUAUUUGCACAUUAGAUUGUGUAAGGCAUAGGCAGGAAUACUGGUGAGAGACCAGGAAACUAUCUAAAAUAAUAAUCAAAGUGUUGGCUCAGGGGGACAAUACAACCUGCCAUGCCCUUCUUCUGACAAUCCACCACUCUGAUCUUUCUUCUGUAGUAUCAAAUAUACUGAAUGAAAACAUUUCUGAUUCAACUCUAUGUAGUUAUUCUUGCAUAAAUCAAACUGAAGUCAUAUGAUUGUAUCCGUUUAAGUCAUACUCCAAGUAGACACUGAAACCAAUGGACUGAUUUCUUAAUGACUAACGUGUCAUUCAUUUCAGUAGGUUUACUCUGAGUAUUAGUCAGGUAGAAUAAAUUACGAUUUACAUUUGUGUUACUGGAAGCAACACAGCACUAGGCUUGUAAAUAGCCAGUCACUUUCUAAAUAGGAGUGAGUCAGAAUUGCCAUAGGUCUUCAUCCGUUAGGGUGUAGCCUAAUGGGUUGCAGCCUGAUUCAAAGUAGGUCGCAACAGGAGUACUACCACAUACAAAUAUAUGGUAAAAGAUUAAGAAAAUAUUAAGAAAUGGGUCCUUAAAUGCAUGUUUGGGUUGCAAGUCGAUCCUUAGUCUGAAUGGUUUGAAGACACAUGCUCUAGGUGACCAAGUAGGACAACUUUUGCUAAUAGAAAUGGAGCUGGCUCUCUAGGACAGGGAAGGAGAACCUGUGGCCUCCAGAUAUUUUGUAUACUCCAACUCCCACCAGCCCCAUCCAGCAUAGCCAAAUGACAGGGGUGAUGGGAGUUGCAACAUAGUAUAACAUCUGGAGGGCCAGGAGUUUCUCAUCCCUGUUAUCUUCCCCACUCUUUAUGGUUCUAGCAACAUACCUCUUGAUUAUUGUUGUUUAGUUGUGUCCGACUCUUCAUGACCCCAUGGACCAGAGCAUGCCAGGCACUCCUGUCUUCCACUGCCUCCCACAGCUUGGUCAAACUCAUGUUCGUAGCUUCGAGAACACUGUCCAACCAUCUCGUCCUCUGUCGUCCCCUUCUCCUUGUGCUCUCCAUCUUUCCCAACAUCAGGGUCUUUUCCAGGGAGUCUUCUCUUCUCAUGAGGUGGCCAAAGUACUGGAGCCUCAGCUUCACGAUCUGUCCUUCCAGUGAGCACUCAGGGCUGAUCUCCUUAAGAAUGGCUAGGUUUGAUCUUCUUGCACUCCAUGGGACUCUCAAGAGUCUCCUCCAGCACCAUAAUUCAAAAGCAUUGAUUCUUCGGCGAUCAGCCUUCUUUAUGGUCCAGCUCUCACAUCCAUACAUCACUACUGGGAAAACCAUAGCUUUAACUAUGCGGACCUUUGUUGGCAAGGUGAUGUCUCUGCUUUUUAAGAUGCUAUCUAGGUUUGUCAUUGCUUUUCUCCCAAGAAGCAGGCGUCUUUUAAUUUCGUGACUGCUGUCACCAUCUGCAGUGAUAAUGGAGCCCAAGAAAGUAAAAUCUCUCACUGCCUCCAUUUCUUCCCCUUCUAUUUGCCAGGAGGUGAUAGGACCAGUGGCCAUGAUCUUAGUUUUUUUGAAGUUGAGCUUCAGACCAUAUUUUGCGCUCUCCUCUUUCACCCUCAUUAAAAGGUUCUUUAAUUCCUCCUCACUUUCUGCCAUCAAGGUUGUGUCAUCUGCAUAUCUGAGGUUGUUGAUAUUUCUUCCGGCAAUCUUAAUUCCGGCUUGGGGUUCAUCCAGCCCGGCCUUCCACAUGAUGAAUUCUGCAUAUAAGUUAAAUAAAAAGGGAGACAAUAUACAGCCUUGUCGUACUCCUUUCCCAAUUUUGAACCAAUCAGUUGUUCCAUAUCCAGUUCUAACUGUAGCUUCUUGUCCCGCAUAGAGAUUUCUCAGGAGACAGAUGAGGUGAUGAGGCACUCCCAUUUAUUUAAGAAUUUGCCAUAGUUUGCUGUGGUCAAUACAGUCAAAGGCUUUUGCAUAGUCAAUGAAGCAGAAGUAGAUGUUUUUCUGGAACUCUCACUAAAAAUUGGCUCACACUAUCAGUCUAUUGCUUGUGCAAUGUAACUUCAGAAAUUUGAACUCACAUGUGAUCUCAGCAUUUCAGUCAAAACAAAAAAGGAGUCAUGAUCUUACAUGACUUUGCAGCUUUAAUGUUAACAGUGCUGAAGUACAUGGACCAUUUAAACACAAGUUGUCUGUCAGGGUAUUGUUAGAACUGACUCUUAUACUAGAAGCAUCAGUACAUAUUAUCCUAAAAUGUAUGAACAUAUUUAGGCUAUUUCUAAAUUAUUUCCGUUUAAGAAACUUUUGAAAUAUUACUACAAUAUCACAAAUAAAUUUACUUUGAAUGCAGGAAAACAUAAUGAAUGACGUUCACAGUUGCAUCAGAUUCGUGAUGGAGAAAAAUCUGCGCAGCAUAGGACUAUAGUGACUGAGAAAGCAGGAACCAGCAGGCCAUAAAGGAGGCUAACAAGCACUACCAGCCUGUAUAACUUUUAAAGAACUUUUAAAAAAAGUUUCUAUCUCAAAUUAGAAGUGAUGGACAUCAAGGGACAUUUUAAACGUUCAACAGAAAUAAAGGGGAUAUGCUUGCAUUGUGAAAAUAAGACAAGAUGUGGUAAAUUGCAUUCACAUCUGCUAUAGUGCAUGGGGCAGCAGCAGUUCACAGCCCUGCUCCUAUUUUGUCAUUUCAUACUACUUCCUGUCAGGAGCAUCAGACUUCUACUUUUUUGUAUCAGUUUAUUAUUUUUAAAUCUGUUUUUUAAUUUCAAGUAACAAACAUACCCAUAC